UAUGUUUUUACAUCCAUGACAGAUCUUUAACAAAAUAAAGAUGGCAACCCUUGCCAUUCUACGCUGUAUUUCACAAGUUGAAAAAAUGAGUUCCGGAUUAAUUUUGAAACAAUGCCUCUCAAAAUUGCCCAGUACUCAAGGGUACAAAAUUUUUACUUUAGGAGGAAUAAAAAACUUUAGUGAUGAAAAAAAACCAACAGUAGUUCCUACUGAUUUGCAUAAUUUAAUGCAUGGUCCAAUUAGUGAAGAACAACGUCGUGAAGAAAGGAAAAAACUUAUUACUAUUGAAACUGUUGAGGACAUAGCUGUUACUUCAGGAGUACCUGAAGAGCAUAUCAAAACAAGAACUGUUCGAAUUUUUCAACCAGCUAAAAAUGCAAUGCAGUCUGGAACAGAUAAUAUUAACCACUGGCGAAUUGACUUUGAUACUCGAGAAAGAUGGGAAAAUCCACUCAUGGGCUGGUGUUCCACCGGUGAUCCUUUAUCGAAUGUGAACGUUCAAUUUACUUCGGUGGAGGAAGCAAUUGCUCAUUGUGAAAAAAUGCGCUGGAAGUAUUAUAUACAAAAGCCAAAUGCUCAUGAGCCUAAACCAAGAUCAUAUGGUACCAAUUUCUCAUGGGAUAAAAGAACUAGAGUCACUACAAAAUGAAGAGUAUCAAAGUGCUGUUUAGAUUAGUAAAUUUUAAGAUGAAUAUUAUCUAUUGAUUAUUAAUAAAUUCAUAAAUAUAGUGUAUGUGUGAAAAUUUUAUCAAUUAAUCAAUGAUACUUGACCAAAUGUUCAAAAUAACAACAGUAUGAACACAAUAGAACAAGUGUACAUAUUAUAUUAAAA